AUGCCUCCUCCGUAUGUGCCACUCAAUGCACUACUCCGGAACUACCUUGCUGUAGCCACCUACACGGGACGUCGAUAUACUCACAAUGUGCCUAGGACCUUGCCGAUCUUCACCGUGGAGGGCAAGACCUGUGUUGUGACCGGUGCCUCCCAAGGCCUAGGUUCUCAGAUCCUGGCUGCGUUAGCUCUAUCGGGAGCUAAGGGUGCUGUUGUCGAUCUCUCCAAGGCCGCCGCUGAUUCUGCUGUGAAUGAUCUCAAGAAAGAAGAGAAGAAUGCUGGUCUCGACUGGCCGGAUAUUCGUGGAUAUGAGUGUGACACAUCAUCUGAAGAGCUGGUUUCUAAAACCUGGAAUCAAAUUGUCGAGGAUUUCGGACAAGUGGACGUGCUUGUCACUAACGCAGGCCUGGCUGCUGGUGCUGCUGCGGAGACCUAUGACCUCGACAACUGGAAGAAGGUGCUCGAAGUAAAUGUCAACGGAAAAUUUCUGUUCGCAAGAGCGGCUGGAAAGCACAUGAUCGAUCAAAAGAUCAAGGGCAACAUCAUCAUGGUUUCCUCGAUGUCAGGGUCCAUCGUCAAUCGUCCUCAGAAGCAAAGUGCGCACAAUGUCAGUAAGGCCGGAGUUAGUCACAUGAUGCGCUCAUUCGCAACGGAAUGGGGUGAGUAUGGGAUUAGAGUCAAUGCUCUCUCUCCUGGCUACAUCCAGACUGCCAAGACUGAGGGCGAAGAGAUGGAGCAGCUGAGUAAGCAAUGGCUCGGUAUGAUUCCACUUCAUCGCAUUGCUAAGCCAGAAGAGUUUCGAGGGACUGUCGUUUGGAUGGCCAGCGACGCAUCAUAUGUUGUGUGGACCUUCAAUUGCUAG